AUGCGAUCAUUUUGUCAGUGCUGCCCUACCACUGCGCCCAGGAAAGGCUCGGUGCAACCGUGCAUCAUCCAAAAGCAGGAUGGCUCCGUUGCAGUGGAGUGGGCAAGCAUUGUAUUGGAUGAUGAGGAGUUGGAGGAUUUCGUGGACAGAAGAAUGUCCGUCAUGCUGGCGCGGCUUCCCAGCUCUCCUGCCGGUGCGGUCGAAUGCGCAGUAGACCUAGCAGACAACAGACUAAGCCAAGCAGAACCUCUGGCCAAAAUGCUUCAGAGCCUGCGUGAAGCAGCGCUGCACGUGACGACACUACGGCUGCAUAAGAAUCGCUACGACGACUCUGCGGCUGCCACGCUUGCUGAGCACAUUCGUGCGGCCGCGGAUCAAGGGCGACCUUUAAUGCAGCUUCAUUUGAGCAACAAUUCACUAUCAGAAGCUGGCCUGCGGCUUUUGAUUGAAGCCGCGCAUCGCAGCAAAGGCUACCCUCGCUCGACGGACUGUGCGAAGCUGAAGAGCUUGGGGGCAGACUCAGGCCGUCGAGUGCUUUGGCUACGUGCUGAAAAUCAAGAUCCGCCAAUAGCGCGGCCGCGGGACUUUCUGGACGCUUGCAGUUCCUCGGGCAUGCCUGUCUGCGUGUUGGCAGACGGUUCGGGUCAGAAGCCUCCUGUGGAUGCCGUG